UGCGCCUCCAUCUUUAAACCCCAGAGAAAAACAGCUUCCGCUCAGCCGUACACGCACAUCCUGCGCUCACAUCCACAUUUAUGACACAAUAACCCGAGAUCUGCGCUUUGACUCGACAUAUCAGUGCAGCAGAGACCAGAGGAGCUCACGGGAGCCGCGUUCGCUAAACUAAGAGCUUUAUUUCUGCGUUGACAUCCAGAAAACAGAGGAACAGAUCGCAAGUGCGCACCUCUUAUUCUUCUUCUUUUGUCCAUCUCUCUCUCUCCGGUUUCUCUUCUCUCGGAGAUGAGUGGAGGAAGAUGUCGGUUUCGGGACUGAAGGCCGAGCUGAAGUUUCUGGAGUCUAUUUUUGAUCCGAACCACGAGCGCUUCAGGAUCCUCGACUGGAAACCGGACGAGCUGAGCUGCCAGUUUAACAUCGGAGACCAGCUGCUGAUCAUCCACUGCAACCUCACGGAGUCGUACCCGCUGACGCCGCCCAUCUGGUUCGUGGAGUCUGAUGACCCGAGUCUGACCGCAGUGCUGGAGCGGCUGGAGGAGGUCAGGAGGGGCAGCACACUGCUCCUGCAGCAGCUGAAGAGGCUGAUCUGUGAUCUGUGUCGCCUCUAUAAUCUUCCUCAGCACCCGGAUGUGGAGAUGCUGGACCAGCCUCUUCCUGCAGGACCACACAACCAGGACAGGAAGCAUGGGACGACAGACGAGGUGACUUCAGAGGAGGAGGAGGAAGAGGAGAUGGGAGAGCAGGACAUCGAUCUGGAGCACUACGAGAUGAAGGAGGAGCCGGUGGAUGGGAAGAAGUCUGAGGAUGAUGGGAUUGAGAAGGAGAACCUGGCCGUCCUGGAGAAGAUCCGCAGGAACCAGCGGCAGGACCACUUGAACGUAAGUGCUCACUCGGGCGCUGUGUCUGGAUCUGUUCAGGCGUCAGAUCGCCUCAUGAAGGAGCUCCGGGAGAUCUACCGCUCUCAGAGCUAUAAGAACGGCAUCUACUCCGUGGAGCUGGUGAACGACAGUCUGUAUGAGUGGCACGUCAAGAUCAGGACUGUGGAUCCAGACAGUCCUUUACACAGUGACCUGCAGGUGUUGAAGGAAAAGGAAGGGAUAGACUACAUCCUCCUCAGCUUCUCCUACAAAGAUAACUUCCCCUUCGAUCCUCCGUUUGCGCGUGUGGUUUCUCCGGUCCUCUCUGGAGGGUAUGUUCUCGGCGGAGGAGCUCUGUGUAUGGAGCUGCUCACUAAACAGGGAUGGAGCAGUGCCUAUUCCAUCGAGUCUGUCAUCAUGCAGAUCAACGCCACUUUAGUCAAAGGAAAAGCACGAGUGCAGUUUGGAGCCAAUAAGAAUCAGUACAGUCUGGCCAGAGCGCAGCAGUCGUAUAAAUCACUGGUGCAGAUCCAUGAAAAGAACGGCUGGUACACACCGCCCAAAGAGGACGGCUAGAGCACAGCGUCCACUCAUGGAGCGAUCAUCUUCAGAUGGACAUCUCUCUGUCACUGCUUCUCUCCCCUCAUCCCUGGUUUCAUCCUCACACUCCUCU